AUGACUAACCACGCUGCUCAACAGCCACCUGUGGAUGACGCGCAGGUCUCCGAGGCCGUCAACUCGGCGUUAGAUCAGCUGCAUCUAGAUGAUUUGUCCGAUACCAGCCGUGAUCCAAAACAGAGCGAAACUGGCACGGCUGCCUCGACGAACAGCGUCUUCCCACCACCACCCAUGAUGAAUAUGGGAUACAUGCACUAUCCACAUAUGAUGCAUUUGCCGCAUUCCCCCGGAUAUUUUCAGGCCCCUGGACCAUCAGAUCCUUUUGUCUCGGACUCUCAAGCGAAUAUGACAUCAGUUGAUCCUACUGCUAUAUUUUCUGCGCAGCAGCAAACUGCGAACCCUGCUGUAUCUAAUGCUAAUAUGUCUGGAAAUGCUGGCUCCACCGCUUUGGACAUAGGUUUUACCACUAACAUUGACCCAUUGUGGUCUUCCAGCAAACAGGAUUUUGGCCCUGACUAUCAAUUCAUCUCCCGGGAAUUGCCUGAAGCUUCUAACGCUUCGCGGAGACAAACAUUUCCAGCCGUUUCUGGCGCCGAAAUAUUGACCGAUGGCACAGCCAUCAGAACUCAAAGCAUCUCUCUGGAAAAAACAGAGGGAAAUGCGGAAUCAGGUCAAAAACCACGGGACUCAGAUCCUGAGCUGUCAAAACAAAAUGCUACUGCCGUUCCGUACUCAGCCGCUGCAUAUCCUUACGGUGGACCUCUUGUUCAACCAAACCCGGUGCUAUCUGGCCAUACUCCACCCGGAUCUGCUCCAGCUUAUGGAAUUCCUUCUCCUUUCCAUGCAUAUGGGUUUUCAUCACCAUUCCAGUCGUUCUCCCCCAUUCCAGGGACCCCCCUUGGUGGUCGGUCUGUCAACGUUCCUUUUCAAAGUGCUGAGCAUUCUGAAAAAGAAGGACCUGUUCCAGAAAACGCCAAUUCUCCUAGGUCCGCAUCCUCGCAACCUCUAGCACCCUGGAUGUAUGGAAACCAUCCGUUCGGACCCAUGGUUCCGAUGCAUCAUCAAAUGAUGGGCCCCCCAGGAAAUAACAACAAUCACAUGCACCCAUCGCAUGCACACAAUAAUCGCCAUCCGAUGCACUCACGUAGACAUAAGGGCAGCCACAACCAAAAAGCAUACCACCGAAAGGGUGAGGACCCUGCUAAAUACGCGAACGCUAAACUCGAAAAUUACAUUGGGAACAUCCUCUCGCUGUGUAAAGACCAGCACGGCUGCAGAUUUCUUCAAAGGCAGCUGGAUAUUGGUGGCUCUGAUGCUGCUGAUGCUAUUUUUGAAGAAACAAAAAGCUACGUGGUGGAACUUAUGACUGACUCCUUCGGGAAUUACUUGAUCCAGAAGCUGCUUGAGAGGGUCAAUGACAGUCAAAGACUUGAGUUGGUAAGAUCCUCUUCUCAGAGUUUCAUUUAUAUUUCUCUCGACCCACAUGGCACGAGAGCUUUACAAAAACUCGUUGAGUGCAUUACCACGGAAGAAGAAGCAAGUAUCAUUGUGGAAUCGUUGCGUGGUUCUAUUGUAGAGCUGAGCAGAGAUCUCAAUGGUAACCAUGUUGUUCAGAAGUGCCUGCAAAAGCUAAAGCCAGAAGACUUCGAAUUUAUUUUCGAAGCUGCGACAGAGGCCUGUGUUAAAAUCGCUACUCACAGACAUGGAUGUUGCGUGCUUCAACGCUGUUUGGAUCAUGGCAACGACGAACAGUUCAGGCGGCUCUGUGAGCAAAUCAUCACCCACGUUGAUGCGUUGACCACCGAUCCCUUCGGCAAUUAUGUGGUGCAGUACAUUUUGACAAAGCAAACCGAACGUUCUGAGUCUGAGUACAUUGACAGAGUGGUAUCAUUACUGAGGCCGAAAAUCAUUGAGCUAUCUUUGCACAAGUUUGGCUCCAACGUAGUCGAAAAGGCCUUGCGUACUCCAGCCGCUUCUGAGGUCAUGAUCAAUGAGCUACUUUCUCAUGGUAACAGCACAAAGAUAGAACAACUUCUCCAUGAUGGUUAUGGGAAUUACGUCCUACAGACAGCGUUGGACGCCGCUCGCGAAAACAACAGGUCCCUCUAUCAGCGACUAAGUGACACACUAAAACCGAUGUUAGUCGGCCCCAUAAGGAAUACCCCUCAUGGCAGAAGAAUUAUGGGAAUACUGGAGGUGGAGUGA